CCUGCCCGCUACCGCCCGGCACGGCCCGGCCCGGCCCGGCCCCGCCGCGCCUUGUGCGCCUGCUCGGCGGCGGCAGCGGCUGGGAAUGGCGGCGGUUUUGGAGCUGCUGCUGCGCGAGGAGGUGGCGGUCGGCGCUGUGCUGCGCUGGCUCCGCCAGGGGCCCGGGCACCGCCCCGCUGAGGAGAACCAUAUCCAUGACAAGCUGGUGUCUCUCAGUUUGCUUCAGAAAGACUUUGUGCCUUUUCUGCUGAACUUUUUAAGGGAGCAGACCAGCCAGAUCCUGACUAAUGGACCCUCUACUCCUGCUAAGACUCCCAAUUCCAAGGCCCAUGGGAACCAAAGGACAGGAUCAGAAAGGAGAGCAGGCCAUGCGACUAGCAGCCGAGUGCAGCUCUUUUCCCAAAGGACUUCGGUGACCUCUUGCACCACGGAUACUAGCUUUUCCCCCGCUGCUGCAUCCAGUGGCUCCUCUUCCUUUUCAGGGUCAAACCUGUCAAGCCCUUGCAGCGACUUCCCUAGCUUGGCCUCCAGUAGCAGCCCGAGCUUUGGGUACAGCCCUGUGCUUAACCACAGCGAGAGGCGCUCAUCUCAGAAGGCCAGCCUGGGGAGCUUCCUGACAGCUACGCCCGAAGCCCUGCCAGCAAGGCGAGGCAGAAGGAAAGGUGGCAGCACAGUCAGUGCCUCUGGCCGGCAGGUGCCUCGGGAUCUGGGGCGUUCCCUUGCUGAAGAGGAAGAUGGAAAGAAUGACAGUCCCUCAUGGUGUGGAGGGAGAAGGAAGCGAAGUGAAGUGCCUCUUGUUUCUGCUAGCUCCCCACCCAGCCAGCUAAAUCUUAACAAUCUGGAGGAGUUUCCACCUAUGGGUGCAGCCUCUGGCUGGACAAACAAAAGUAAACCAUCAAGGAGAAUCAACCCCACUCCUGUAAGUGUCGAGCGCCCCCUUUCCAAGCCAAAGACGUGCUUCACUUCUACGCCUGUCAGCCAGUCUCCAGCUUCUCGGUUUUCAUCUGGGUCAAGCCUUGAGGCCUUUAGUACUGUCCAGGAAGGAAACCUUACUUCUGUGAUAAGCAGCAGCCUUCAAGAGGAGAGAGAGAUGCUGAAGAAAGAACGAUGCAAGUUGCUGCACCAGGCAUCUUCUCCUGCAGGGAUAUCCCUUGAUCCUGGUACUCCUACUAAGCCUGGUUACACUCGCAGUGCAAGCCUUCCUGCUGAAAGCCAUCUGGUGACCUGUGCGGAUCCUGCUAAGGUUUCUUGCAAGAAGCAGUUGGAGUGUCUGGCAAGGCUCUACUCAUCGUGCAUAGCAGAAAACCUGGUACCAAAUAUUUUUUUGGAGCUUUUUUUUGUUCUGCAGCUGUUAACAUCUAAAGGCACUUCUACUGCAGAAGAAGAAGAGGAGAGUGACCUUGAAGUUAAUGAAAGAAGUAAAGAUGCAUCGGGGAGACAGCAUUUCCGAAGUGUGCACAAUUGUGUUUACUUUGCUGUUCAAGUCUUGGAUUAUCAAUAUGAAAUUAUUUCCCAUUUAGAAAAGGGGACGCUGAAGUUCUUGGCUGAAAAUGAACGGAUUGCAUCUUUUUCUCCUACCUUGCAUGAGAGGCUCCGGCAGGCUUAUGAAAGCAGCACAGCCAAGGUGUCUCUCCUGCUGCCAUGCUCGGUACAAUCUGUUUCUUUCCAGCCAGAAACUGACAAUCGCUCUAACUUUCCCAGUGAUAGAGCAUUUCACAUAUUUAAGAAACAAAGGGAUAUCUUUUAUGAACUGCUGCGUGAAUGGGAGGAUAACCAUGAAAAAACUGGCUGGGACUUUGAAAGAGUUCUGGGCAACAAAAUAAGGGCCAUGAUGGCUCACCUGUCUGCAACCUGCAACCACAGCCAUUUUGCCAGGCUCUUUCAGAAACAGCUCAUCCAGAUGUGUAAAGGUCCUGUUGGUGGCGGCGCAAGCUGGGGAGACACCCCAGACCAGGACGUCCUUAAUAUGCUGGGUGCUGAUAAUCUGAGCCGUCUGAAGAGGUUGCAGGAAAGAUUUGUAGUUCCCCAGAGCAUCAGAGGACCUUGCCCACCCCCCUCAUUCCCAGGGUGCCAGCAGUUCUUCAGGGACUUCAUCCUCAGCGCAGGAAGUUAUCAGUUCAAUCAGCACCUGGUGGAUAGCCUGUGCCUGAAGAUACUUGAACUAGAUGGCCUUACUUUGGUGGAGCAUGAGCACAGUGAUGGGGAAGCAGAUAUGGAUGAACAGGAUGAAAAGAAGCGUUUCACUGUGGUCUUACUAAGCCUGAGACUCCUCGCCAAGUUCCUGGGGUUUCUUGUUUUCUUGCCAUAUCGCACUGUGGAACAGCCAACUAGAGACCUGCAAGACUCUGCAGUAGCAUUAAGAAACCAAACCCUGCCUGUACUGGAUGUACUGAAGCUUCUGAGACGAUCUAUUCGGGAUCACCGUUCUAUCCUCACUGUUCCUUGGAUUGUGGAGUUUCUUUCCCUUGCAGAUCAUAUUGCUCCUUUCCUUGAUUACUAUAGGAAGGUAUUUUGUCUCUUGCUGCAGGUAUACAGGUUAAUGGUCCUUUCUGAAGAUAAGGAGAUGAGUUUCCUGAACAAGCUGCUGAUCCUUGCAGUUCUGGGAUGGCUUUUUCAGGUUCCAUCGGUCCCGGAAGAGUUGUUUUUUGCCACUGAUGUCAGGCAGGAGGGAGUGAUGGUGGAUACUGUGACGUCUGCUCAGGCUUUGGACUCUGUGCCCUUGGUGGAUCAGCAGUUACUUUAUACCUGCUGUCCCUACCUUGGUGAGCUGAGGAAACUGCUUGCAUCUUUUGUGGCUGGUAGCGGAGCAAAAAAUGGUGGCUUUAUAAGGAAAAUAACUCCAACAGCUGCAGAGUCUUUGGCACCCAAGGCUUCUGUCACACAACGGAAACUGCAGGUGGAGUUGGAGCAGGCUUUCUUCCACAACCAGCCUCCCUCCCUGCGGAGAACAGUUGAAUUUGUGGCAGAGAGGGUGGGAUCCAACUGUGUUAAGCACAUCAAGGCAACACUGGUAGCAGAUUUGGUUCAAAGGGCUGAAGUCAUGUUGCAGGAUAAAGUGAAGGAGGAGGAUGCUAAUCACGACAAGCUGCUUGAAGAGGUGUGCGCUCAUCUGUAUGAGGAAGGGGCCCAGGCACUCAUCAAAGGCAGAGAAUUUUGCAAAAAAAAAGGUCCUGAGGCGGUAAGGGUGUUACUGCCAGAAGAAACAUCUGCAGCAGUUUUAAAUAGUGCGGAAGACAUUGCAGUGGAACUAGCUACUGAGAAGGCCUGUGGCUGGCUUUCUGCCAACAUUGCAGCACUAAUAAAAAGAGAAGUGAAGGCAACCUUCAACAGAAUGCUGAAAGUCCCAGGGCUUCCCUUGCCCAGUGAGGAUGCUCUGGAGUUGAGAAGGGACUGCCCCCCAGGCUGUCAGCACCGUGCCUCGUUUCCCUCCCAGAUCAUCAAUGAGAUUAAGGAUGUGCUCUGCGUUGCUGUGGGCCCACGGGAUGAAGGUGAAGUGAUUGACCACAACUGGCUGGAGUGCCUGCUCGGAAGACUGAGUCAGACGCUUCGGUGCAGAAAGUUCAUGUGUCCGCCAUCAGAACAGCAGCUGGCAAAGUGCACAGUUGAGUUGGCUUCUUUGCUGGUUUCAGAUCGUGUUCCUCUGAGUUUUGGGAUCAAGCCCCCAGAGAAGAGCUCUGAGAGGCUCCGAGUAAAGAGCAAUCCCACAUACGGCCUUCUGAAACUGCUGCUUUCUGUCUGGAAGGAGGACUUCGGGACGCCUGUUCCUGUGCAGCUGAUGUUCAGCAGGAAGAACAUUGGUUAUCUUUCGGAAGUCAAGCAGCGGGAGUGGGACUUGUUCCUUUUCAUGCUUCAUGGUCUUGUAGAACAUGACCUUAUGAGAACCAGUGAAAUAGAGAGUUGUUUGCAUAGCCUCGGAGAGCUCCCUUGGCCCUCAGACUUCCUAAAAGAACUGGAAAUGCUGUCCCAAGUAUUUACAUCAGAACAUCAUAUAGAAGAGCCCAGGAUUAACCCUCAUGAACUGACAAGACAAUCACUAGGUACCGUGACAGCACAAAGUUAGUGGAGAAGGACUCUAUGAGGAUUAAAAAAAAAAAGUACUAAUGAAGAUGCAAAUGGAAUUUUUAGAGUUUCUGAAUGCAUUGUGAGGCCCUUGCUGGGAGAAUACUGCGUAUGAGAGAUCUGUGCAAAAACUGCACCGGUCCUUCUGCUCACAAACACUUUGUAAUGGUGACUAUGCUGAAGGAUUCACAUCAGCAAGUGGAUCGCCAAGUCAGAAAUCCCUUAAGCACCUUGAUCAUGGCUCAGAGCAGCCGUUUUUUAGACUCACCAACACUUUUGUAUUUGUACUGCGGCCAAACCCAGGACUCAGUUCAAGUGGAGAAGUUACUAUGUGACCAGAGCUUGCCUGGUGGCUGGCUCUUCUCUUCCUGUCUUAUAACAGACUGUUCUGUCAGGGGAGGGAAAAAGUAAACCCAUAUGACAUGGAGAUGAGCCUGUAUUUAUUUUUCACUCUAAGCUCAAUUUCAGAGGUUUGAUUUUAAUUUUUUUAAGACUCAUUUUAAAAGUUAAACCAUAUUAAAUAUAUACACCAGAACAUUGAUGACAUUAUUCUUAAAGGAUAUAGAUGCUUAAGUUUUUUUUCCAUCUCUCAAUGGAAAUGGAACUUGUAAUUUCCUGUUUUUUUUUUUUUGUUGUUUUUUUUUUAAUAGAAAUAAGGGACAAAAAUAUCUGAUUAUAUUUUUACUGAAGGCAGAUGGCAGUAUUUUUAAGACUUUUUUUAAAGUAUGUGAACAUAAAUGGCGUGUAGCUGCUAUUCGCUGUUGUUUAUAAUCCUUGCCUUGAGUUUGAGUUUUAUCAGACAGGAAAUGCUCCAGCAAGAAAACUACAGCCUGGAAGACCAGACAAAAAAUGUAGUGGAAAAGCAGUGUGACAUCCUCUGGAGAGCUGGUUUGAGAGGAAUCCUUUCUGUGGAGGCCAGAGGGCACUUCCUGCCCUUGUGGAUAGAUCUUCGCCAAGGGUGUGACCUCCAUGCACCCGUGCACCCUCCAAGUAUCUCUAAACUGGAGUCUGGGGUAGGGACUGCUGGUUGUUAGCAGAAUAUUAGCUGCUUAGUAGCUGUCUCUUGAGGAUUUUAUUUUUUUCCUGUAACAGGAUGCUUUUUCCUCUAGCACAUCUAGGUGUGUGAUGUUAGUGCUGGUUUGUCAGAAAGAAAUACUGUGUUCUGGACAAAGUGAAGCCCAGUGCUCUUUCUCUUGCUACUUUACCUCUUUUGUGUAUAAAAUGGGAAAAAGCAUCUGAGUCAAUUGAGGAAAAACACAACCAGGACUAAUUAGGUAGAACUGUUAACUUCUGUUAAACUAUGUGACAUGGAGAGAUCAACCACAGAGGAAGGUUAGUCUGAACUGUACUGAGAUGUUCUUGAUUUGGUGACUAAGCAUUGUAUUGAAAGCUACAGCAUGUGCCAUCACUGUGCCUUUUUUAGGGAUUUUUUUAAUGACAUGAAUGAAGCAGAGGGUUCCUAAAAGUAGGCAUGCUGUGCAUAUGGUAAGGGCAUGGUAAUACAAAUGGAAGUAGCAAAUAUACCGUAUCAUUCCAUACCUGCUCCCUGAGGCUAUUAUGUGACAUUUUGCUGCAGCCCUCACUUGAAGUUGUUGUUUGUCAUAAUAAACAUGAUUAAAUGUCC